CGCCGCCGUCCCUUGUCCCUUGCCGCGGGCAGAGGCAGCGGCCGAGCACCAUCUUGGUGCUGUCGGUGCCACGAGCAUCCCCAGCCGACGCCGGUGGCCUUUCGGGGUCGGGGAUGGUUUUUUGCCCCGUCCAGCCCCAAAACGGGGCUCGGGGACCAGGGGACCCCCCCCACAUCCCCAAGCCGAAGGUCUCGGGCCUUGCGGCGGAGCCCUCGGAGGGGGUUGCCGGGAGCGGGGCCGGGGGGGGGCCCCGGGGAGGGGGUGGCCAGCAUCCGCAAUGCGGCAGCUCCCAACGUCAUGAGCCGGGGUGCGGCGGCUCCGCAGAGGGGCAGGCUCAGCCCCGGGGCCGGCGUGGUCCUGGGCUGCCGCAGUGGCCUUGGGCGGAGGCAGGGGGACAAAGCUUUGGGGGGGGGGGGGAUCACCCCCAAAAGCUGCCAACCCCCCCCACCCCUCACCCCAAGGCGGGUGGGAUGCGGCACCCGCAGACGUUGGGGCGCGGAGGGGGUGGGGGGGCGGUCAACGGGGAAGGGCCGAAUCCUGCCUGGCGUGGUGCCGGGGCCACGCGGGCCGGCCGACGGCGGGGAUUAGGCGAAGCCGUCGCUUUCAAAGUCACGCCAAGGAUGGCGGAGGGCUCGGCCUCGCCCGACGUGUCCCCCCCCCCCACCCCAGGGACCGGUGUCCCCAAGCCACCGUGGCACCGGGGUGGUGUCCCCCCAGGUUACAAGAAGCCCGCAGGAUUCACCGCGCCGGAGCCGGGGCCGCAACCAUCCCGCGCCGGCGUUCAAAUAAAGCUGCUGAAACCCAUCGCUGCGCUUCCCUGCUCCUCCUUGGGUUUGCGCCCCAAAUAACGCACCCCGGUUUGCCGGGACCCCGUGGGGGACGGCGCUUGGGCUCGGCGGUGGCUGCUGCAGCUGAAAAUGGAGGAAUUCAACCCAAAGGCCGGCUCAGCCCCUGGGUGGGAGCACAGGGGGAUGCUGGAGCACCCCCGUGGUUUCCACCCGGCCCCAGGUUGCUGCUGGAGGAGUAAAAAGGAAUGAGAUAAAUUGCACAAAGGAAGAAUUAAGCCCCAAAAUCAUCCCGGCCGUGACCAGCUCCAACGUCGUGGCA